GAAGUGAAAGAGUUAACAGGCUGGAGUGUCAGAGAAAUAGGAGAGGGGCUGAGACUGCAGCUGUGUCUUUGCGUCGUGAUGCUCUCAGCAACGCGACUUUGUUUACAUCCGUCUAUGGCAUACGCAGCAAAAGUAGGCAUCCUCAGAUUGUGACCCCCUCCUUCAUCAAUUGUCCUCACAAUCCUGUUUCAAGACCCCGAAAAAGACUGUGAGGCCAUACAGAAGGACAUAAGCUGUUCAAUAUGGUGAUCUGCUUCCAUGAGGAACUGUGGAUCCUGAAAGAGGGCGAGACCAAGUCACAUGGGACUGUGUGACAGUUCGAGCGUAAGGCUGUGUGUUCAGGCCUUCAGCCAUUGCCCCCUCUUCCCAAAAAAGCAUGGCAGGGGAAAGAGAGCGCACUGGCCGGGCCCAGAGGCCAUGGUCAGUCUACCGGGCGAACACAUUCCAAUUGUCCAGUGAGAUGAUUGGCUUGGCCCUAGCAGGAAACAGUCAAGACCCAGAUGAACCUGUGCUUGAGUUCAGCAUUGCCUGCACAGAGCUGCUGAAUCCUAGCUUGGAUCGGAAGCCCAACAGUUUUGUAGCAGUGAGCUGCACAACGCCACCACAAGUCUUCUGGACCAAGCAUGCCCAGACAGAAGUCAUAGAGGGUACCAGCAACCCCAUCUUCCUCAGCAGCAUCGCCUUCUUUCAUGAUUCCAACAUCAACCAUCAGACACAAAUUAAACUGGCUGUCUACGACGUGAAGGACCGCUCCCAGGGCACGAUGUACAUGUUGGGCUCAGCACUUUUCCCUGUGAAGGAGCUGUUGCAGGACAAAGACCACAGAUUAGAGAUGGAACUCAGGUCAGCAGACAACAAGCAGGUGGGCAACAUCUCUGUUUCCGCUUGGCAGAUGGAGGAAAAAGCAGAUCAGAGACUUGUGGUCAGUCGCCUUCCAGACAACAUCAAUGGCCGGACGGUGCUGUCUGUUGACGAGAGUUUAACAGAGGCGAUGGGAUUACGAAUCAAGUAUGCCUCACUGUGCAGAGACACUCUCCUGCGUGCAGUAUUUGGCGGCACAAUGUCCAGAAUGUACCGCUUCCCAACAACUGAUGCCAACCACCUACGGGUGCUAGAGCAGAUGGCAGAGAGCAUCCUGUCCCUGAACAUCCCCAGACAGUUUGUCAAAUUAUUGCUAGAGGAGGACGCAGCCCGGGUUGGUGAGCUAGAGGACCUGGGAGAGUUGUCACCCUGCUGGGAAAACCUACGGCGACAGAUCGUCUCACACUACCAAACAGUCAUAGUCUCGUACCAGGAAACACUGUCUAACCUCAGUGACUACAGAGGUCCGUCAUUCAAAGCCAGCAGCCUGAAGGCCGACAAGAAGCUGGAGUUCUUGCCGACCAACCUGCACAUUCAGAGGAUGAGGGUGCAGGAUAAUUUGGGCUUUGAGCACACGUAUGACAUAAUCACUGUUGGAGCGCCGGCUGCACACUGCCAGGGGUUUAAAAGUGGUGGCCUGAGGAAACUUUCUCAGAAGUUUGACGAGGCAAAGAAACACGCAUAUGAGGAGGUUUGCGCCGUCUCCAGUUCGCAGUCCAUCGUCUUCAUUCCUCAGGACGUGGUUCGUGCAAAAGAGAUCAUCGCCCACAUCACCACCCUGAAGACGCAGGUCAACUAUUAUGCCGAGAGGCUCUCUAGAGCUGCGAAGGACCGGUCUGCUAGCGGACUGGAAAGGACACUUGCCAUGCUGGCUGAUAAGACUCGACAGCUGGUUACAGUAUGCGACUGCAAGUUGCUUGCUUCGGCCAUUCAGGCCCUGAAAGCAGCACGGCCCGAGUACAUCGCCUCAAAAUCGUCUCCUUCUGCUGAUUCAGAUCAAGUAGUCCUCCGCAAUGACCAGGACACCCUACUUGCCAAGUGGAGCGGGAACAGCAGUCGAUCGUCGCUACAUGUAGACUGGCAUGAGGAGGAGUGGGAGAAAGUGUGGCUGAAUGUGGACAAGUCUCUGGAGUGCAUCAUCCAGCGUGUAGACAAACUGCUCCAAAAAGAAAGGAAGCCAGACGACGCCAUUCAAGACAGAGUCCACGCGGACCUGCAGAGUGAUUGCAUUAAGAAGGGUGAUGGAAAAAGACAAGCGUUCUGGAUCAAUCCAGGAAAUCCAUCGAAAGGGUUUCCAUCAUCGUCUUCCUCAUCAUCACCAUUGCCUCCCCCAUCAUCAUCCUCAUCCUCAUCAUCCUCCUCCUCCUCCUCUUUGCCUACCUUCUCAUCUGUAUGCCCUCCAAACCCUGAACAAGACAGCUUGCUCGCUAAUCAUGCCUGUUGCACCUCAUCCCAUCUUCUAGAUGGAAGCCCCAACGUUGAGGAAGCAUACCCAGGAGAGUGGAGUGAGGUGCUGUACCCUCUCCUCACCACGCUGACUGACUGUGUUGCCAUGAUGAGCGACAAGGCCAAAAAGUCCAUGGUCUUUCUACUGAUGCAGGACAUUGCCCCGACCAUCGCCAUGGACGUGUCCCUGCAGUACCGCCGUGACAUUGUAUUCUGCCAGACGCUCACUGCUCUCGUCUGCGGCUUCAUUAUCAAACUGAGGAAUGGUCUACGUGAUAAUGGAUUCCUCCGGCAACUGUACACCAUUGGCUUGCUGGCUCAAUUUGAGUCCCUACUCAGCACCUACGGUGAGGAGCUGGCCAUGUUGGAGGACAUGAGCGUCGGCAUCACGGAUCUGCGAAAUGUUACCUUUAAGGUCACACAGGCGACGGGCAGCUCUGCCCUCGAUAUGCUGCCAGUCAUCACGGGCAACCGCGACGGUUUCAAUGUCCGCAUCCCUUUGUCGGGAACCAUGUUUGACGCGUUGCCACGGGAGAUCCAGAGCGGCAUGCUGCUGAGGGUCCAGCCGGUGCACUUCAACGUCGGCAUCAACGAGCAGCAGACGCUGGCGGAAAAGUUUGGAGACACGUCCCUUCAGGAGCUCAUCAACAUGGAGAGUUUGAAAAGGCUCAAUUCUUACUAUGAACAGUUUAAAGAAGUCCUGCCUGAGGACUGCCUCCCGAGGUCUCGUUCUCAGACCUGUCUUCCAGAGGUGCUCAGGUUUUUGGGGAAGAACGUAGAAGCGAGGAAAAACAAGAACGUGGACAUCCUGUGGCAAGCUGCCGAGAUCUGUCGCCGGCUAAAUGGGGUUCGUUUCACCAGCUGCAAAAGCGCCAAAGACCGGACAGCCAUGUCGGUCACCCUGGAGCAAUGCCUGAUCCUGCAGCAUGAGCAUGGCAUGGCGCCACAAGUCUUCACUCAGGCGCUCGACUGUAUGCGCAGCAUUGGGACAAGGGAGGGUGUGAUCCAGAAGAACCUGAGCGGUUUACUGCCGGUGCGUGACUUCCGCAUGGACCCCAGCCUCCUGUACUCGCUGCCCCUGCUGGCCCUCAGUCCCAACCUCCUGGUGGUUUGGAUCUUCCUCAGCAUGACUUUUAUCUUGGCAAGACUCCGCUGCAGCUGAGUGGCUGAAAAUCGUUAGUUCAGUAGCGCCUGGCCCAAUUCUUUGUAAUUGAAAAUAAUAUUCAGCAUAAGGGUGGAUUGAUGUGGUUCAGGAUCUCUGCCAUUGUCCUAUGCUAACUCUGCUGCAUGUUCAACUGAUGCCUCAUCUACAGAAGCUUUAUCCUGUUUCCUGUCAAAUUUACUGGACAGAUCUUAGUAUAAAUAAUAUACAGUAGUUAUUUACUGUCAGAGUGUGGUCAUUUUCUGUGAGUAACCCGUGGUCGUGCUCACAACUGUUUUGUGGGUCCACUGUGGUUUUGCAAAGCACUUUGGAUAUUGCCAACAUGCAGGAAAUGAUGUCAAGUGACCUUAAUGGAUUGUUGUGGAUCACAGAGUUUCUGCGUAUGGCUUGUUGGAAGACUGCCCAAAACUGGCAAGUAACCCACAUUGAAAGUAAUAUGUUCGCACAAAAUUCAUAUUUAGGCAUUUAAAUAGCUACUUGUCUUGUCCUCAUGCGCUUUUGCUCAUAACUUCCAUGCAAGAUGAGGUUUACGUUGAUGCCAGCUGUAGGUAGAUAUAUUUCAUGAAACUACAUUUUCCUGCAAUUGUUUGUUGUUCUAAAUAACUGCACCUUAAAUUAUUUUUACUUAAGAAUUCACUCUAACAAUAUGUAGAGAGAACUAAAUUACAUGACCAUGGUGUAUGUAUGCCACCUACAAACCCAAAAGCACAGCGAGACAGAUGCUUAUCCCAUCUAAUCUGGGGCGUUAGCAGAGUAAAACCUGGACAAAUCACCUGUCAGUCACAGGACUGACACGGUGAAACAGACAAACUUUUAAAAUCACACCUUUUUACAAUUUAGUCUUUAAUGAACCUAACAUGCAGGGUUUGGACUUUGGGAAGAACGCUAACAAACACAGACUAAACACAGGAAAAACUCCAAGUGGAGAUUUGAACCCACAUCCCACCCCAAGCUAGAAGGUUUAGCUUUUAAGCAGAUUUGCUAACCACUGUGCUGUCACUAAAUAUACCGUAUUGAUGAUGCAUAGUUGUGCAUAGAACAAACUUGAGUAAUCUUGUCUGCUUCAAUGUCUGUGUCUUAUAAUUGGCAAUCUUUAAUAAUUUGAAUUUUGUCAAUUAGAUUUUUUUAAAUUUAUUAUGCCGAAAGAUUUCCAUCAAGAGGAAAUUCAACUCCCACUCCAAUGUACACUAUUUUUUUUUUUUGUUGGACACCACACAAGAGCCAGAUCACACACAUGCAGGCAUGCAAGGAGGGAUUCAGAAUAAAAGUGCGCAAAGAGUGCUGCACCACUUGAGCUGGUGUGGUCGGGAGGAUCCUCGAAGCUCAAGGGAACCUCGACAGUAGCCAGCAAGCAGAUAUAUAAUGUUUCCUGGCAGAGUAGUGGAAUCGAUCAUCUGUUGAAGAAGCAUCCCUUUUCCCCCUCAAUAAAAUAAGUACUGUAACUGUAAUUACCUUGGAUCUGUUUAAUUAGAUAUACUCUUACGUACGUUCAAAAUUUGAACUCCGUUGCUAGGAUGUUAUCGGUCUCUCAGAUAUAGUGUGGACACUUUCCAUAUGUUGUACAUGGGUUCCGUGUGCAGUAUUAAAAAUAAUCUUACAUUAUGUGGAGAUUGGUUAGGUAUACAGGUCAUUAGUUUUGCCCAUUCUGCCUAAUUUCUAGAACUUUUCUCUGUGUUUGUCUAUCAUACUCCUUUUGUGAAUCGUGUAGUUUAAAGUUAAAAUUUCACAGGACGUAUAGAAUGCAGUAUUAUCCCGGUAGAUACUAUUUUAAAACAAUACCCUCAUUUAUUGGUGGAAUGCUGGGUGAUCUGCAAAGUUGUGGAAACUAUAUCGGAAUAAAGUUGAUGAGCCACACAAUGAAGUUAAGGGAAAGAGUCGCGGAGGCUAGACUCAGGACAGAAGUGAGUAUUUGUGAGCAACAGUAUGCUUUCAUGCUUGGGAAGUGUACCACAGAUACAUUAUUUGCCUUUAGGGUGUUGACGGAGAAUUACAGAGAGGGUCAGAACGAGCUGCAUUCUGUCUUUGUAGAGCUAGAGAGAGGGAGAAAUUGUGGUGCUGCAUGAGAAAGUCUAGAGUGGCACAGAGGUUUAUUAGUAUAGUGCAGGACGUACGAGGGCGCCAUAAUAGUGGUGUGUUGUGCUGUAGGUGUGACUGCAUCAGGGAUCAGCUCUGAGCCUCUUCCUCUUUGAAAUUGUGAUGGACAGACUGACAGAUGAGGUUAGACUGGAAUUCCCAUGGACCAUGAUGUUCGCAGAUUACAUUGUGGUCUGCAGUGAAACCAGGGAGCAGGUGGAGGGAUAUUUAGAAAGGUGGAAGCAUGCACUGGAAAGGAGAAGAAUGCAUCAGAAACGCAUUUGCUUCAGUGACUCCCGAAAUGUUGUCAGAUGUUGGUCAGAAACAGUGGCUUGAUUGCUACGAAAAAGGGGGUGCAUACGUCGAAGUGUACCACUGACUUACGGAUGAACAUUCCAAAUCAAAGAUGGUACCACAAAUAUUCAGUUAAUUUAGGUUUUAUCCUGUGAAUUUCAUCCACUUUAUGUUUCAAUUAAAUAUUCAAUAAAAAAUAAAAACCCACGAGUAACUUUUGAAACACCCUGUAUAAAUAGAUAUAUACUGGUAGAAGGAUGAUGAGGAUGGAGCUGCCAGGCAAGAGCGUUUAAGAGAAGGUUGAUAGAUGUAGUGAGGAAAGAGAACAGUUGGUGUUAGAGAGAAGGCUGCAGAAGAUAGGCGUACAUAGAAAAGAAUGGCACGCCGUGGCGACCCCUAAUGGGACAAGCCAAAAGGAAAAAAGAUUUUUACGGGCACCUGACACCUUCACCGGUGUUGUACGUGAUUGAGUUCAAUGAACAAAAGUUCAUGAGCCAGUUCUUAUUUUGGGCACAACUGAGCUGAACUUAGUUCAUUUCUGCCUUAUGAACGUAAUUGAGAACGUGGUCAUUCUGGCGUCAAAGAACGGUUUUCGAACGAAAGUUCAUUUUCAUUCAAGAGUGCGAGGUUUUGUUACGGACUUCCAGGAAAACCCGUCUGAACACACUAUAUACGAGCCUUUAUAUGUCAGUGGAUAAACACUGUAUUUGGCAACCGAUUCAGUGCAGUGUAGGCCGCCAUUCAUGACAGGCACUUUGCAGCUGCGUGAGAACAUGAGGUGCGUUCAGGGACACUUCGUAAAUGGGAGAGAAUGUGCUCUUCAGUGGUUGUUUGGUAAUGCAGUACAUAAUUGGAAAAAAUUAUUCGGCCUAUUAGGAAAAUUAUUUGUAUCAGAAUUCUUUAGUUAUUCUUUAAUAUAGUCAGCCAGAGCGGCAAGGAAUGCAGUUAUUUUGCUCAUGUCAUAUUGUGUUGCGUGCUUUUGUUUGCACAUUAAGGACAAAAGUCCUGUUUUUGUUUGAAUUCCUCAUUUUAAAAAAAGACCAUUCAAGCAACACGAUUUUCCUCAUGUUUUUGCGAUUGUAGGGUGAAAGCUGCAGCUGGCUACUAGUGUGGAAUGAAUGGGUGGCAACAAUGGGAAAAUGAAAUGCCAGUAUUUUAAGGGGAAUAGCCCAUCAGCAACAUCCAUCCAUCCAUUUUAUGUACCGCUUAUCCUCACUAGUGUCACGGGCGUGCUGGAGCCUAUCCCAGCUAUCUUCGGGCGAGAGGUGGGAUACACCCUGAACUGGUCGCCAGCCAAUCGCUGGGCACAUACAGUGGGUACGGAAAGUAUUCAGACCCCCUUAAAUGUUUCCAUCCAUCCAUCCAUUUUCUGAGCCGCUUCUCCUCACUAGGGUCGCGGGCGUGCUGGAGCCUAUCCCAGCUGUCAUCGAGCAGGAGGCGGGGUACACCCUGAACUGGUUGCCAGCCAAUCGGAGGGCACAUACAAACAAACAACCAUUCGCGCUCACAGUCACACCUACGGGCAAUUUUAGAGUCUCCAAUUAAUGCAUGUUUUAGGGAUGUGGGAGGAAACCGGAGUGCCCGGAGAAAACCCACGCAGGCACGUGGAGAACAUGCAAACUCCACACAGGCGGGGCCGGGGAUUGAACCCGGGUCCUCAUAACUGUGAGGCUGACGCUCUAACCAGUCGCCCACCCUGCCGCCCCUUAAAUGUUUCACUCUUUGUUAUAUUGCAGCCAUUUGCUAAAAUAAUUAAAUGUACACUCAGCACCCCAUAUUGACAGAAAAAAACUUUUGCAGAUUUAUUAAAAAAGAAAAACUGAAAUAUCACACAGCCAGUAUUAUUAUUCAGUUUUCCAGCCAGUAUUCAGACCCUUUGCUGUGACUCUCAUAUUUAACUCGGGUCCUGUCCAUUUUUUCUGCUCAUCCUUGAGAUGGUUCUACACCUUCAUUGGGGUCAAGCUGUGUUUGAUUAUACUGAUUGGACUUGAUUAGGAAAGCCACACAUGUGUCUAUAUAAGAUCUUACAGCUCACAAUGCAUGUCAAAGCAAAUGAGAAUCAUGAGGUCAAAGGAACUGCCUGAAGAGCUCAGAGACAGAAUUGUGGCAAGGCACAGAUUUGGCCAAGGUUAUAAAGAAAAUUCUGCUUCACUUAAGGUUCCUAAGAUCACAGUGGCCUCCAUAAUCCUUAAAUGGAAGACGUUUGGGACGACCAGAACCCUUCCUAGAGCUGGCCGUCUGGCCAAACCGAGCAAUCGGGGGAGAAGAGCCUUAGUGAGAGAGGUAAAGAAGAACCCAGAGAUCACUGUGGCUGAGCUCCAGAGAUGCAGUCGGAAGAUGGGAGAAAGUUCAAGAAAGUCACCAUCACUGCAGCCCUCCACCAGUCGAGGCUUUAUGGCAGAGUGCCCAGACGGAAGCCUCUCCUCAGUGCAAGAUACAUGAAAGCCUGCAUGGUGUUUGGCUAAAAAAAAAAAAAAAAACACCUAAAGGACUCCAAGAUGGUGAGAAAUAAGAUUAUCUGCUCUGAUGAGACAAAGAUAGAAAUUGUUAGCCUUAAUUCUAUGCGGUAUGUGUGGAGAAAACCAGGCACUGCUCAUCACCUGUUCAAUACAGUCCAACAGUGAAGCAUGGUGGUGGCAGCAUCAUGCUGUGGGGGUGUUUUUCAGCUGCAGUGACAGGACAACUGGUUGCAAUCGAAGGAAAGAUGAAUGCAGUCAAGCACAGGGAUAUCCUGGACAAAAACCUUCUCCAGAAUGCUCAAAACCUCAGACUGGGUCGAAGGUUCACCUUCCAAUAAGACAAUGACCCUAAGCACACAGCUAAAAUAAUGAAGGAGUGACUUCAGAACAACUCUGUGACUGUUCUUGAAUGGCCCAGCCAGAGCCCUGACUUAAACCUAAUUGAGCAUCUCUGGAAAGACCUGAAAAUGGCUGUCCACCAACGUUCACCAUCCAACCUGACAGAAGUGGAGAGGAUCUGCGAGGAGGAAUGGCAGAGGAUUCCCACAUCCAGGUGUGAAAAACUUGUUGCAUCAAGACUCAUGGCUGUAUUAGCUCAAAAGGGUGCUUCUUCUAAAUACUGACCAAAGGGUCUGAAUACUUAUGGCUGUGUGAUAGUUCAGUUUUUCUUUUUUAAUAAAUCUGCAAAAAAUUAUUUUUUCUUUUUUUUCUGUCAAUAUGGGGUGCUGUGUGUACAUUAAUGUGAGGGGGGAAAUGAACAAAUGUUUCGGCUGCAAUAUAACAAACAAUGAACAAACAGUGAACAAUUUCAGGGGGACUGAAUACUUUCCGAACCCACUGUAUAAACAACCAUUCGCACUCACAUUCACACCUACGCGCAAUUUAGUCUUCAAUCAACCUACCAUGCAUAUUUUUGGGAUGUGGGAGGAAACCGGAGUACCCGGAGAAAACCGACGCAGGCACGGGGAGAACAUGCAAACUCCACACAGGCGGGGUCGGAAUUUGAACCCCGGUCCUCAGAACUGUGAGGCAGAUGUACUAACCAGUCUUCCAAUGUGCCGCCCCAUCAGCAUCUGGGGGAGAAAGAACUGAACUCAUUCAUUUUUAAAUGCUGAAUUUAGUUCAAAAUGUUGCAUUAUGAGCUACUGUAUGAAUUGAACUAGUUCUUUUUUGGAACGGUGCACUGAACUUUUAACUAGUUCGCAUAGAAAACAAACUUUCCCAACACUGACCUCCACCAAUAAAAAGUUAAGUUAAUCAAAGGUUCAAAGUGAAAAUAGUUCAACUUGGCAAUUUAGUUGCACUUUUGGUUGCAGUUGGGUGUUCUUCCUCCAAUAGGUGGCCUGAAAACCUGCUCUAAGAUAUUGAGCAUCUGCUUCCAUCUGAUCCAUCCAUUCAGUUUCUAUAGUGCUAGCCAACAGAGAUUCUAACUCACAUUUCCUGACUGUGAGAGGGAGCAUUUACUGUACUAUUCCACUGUGCUCUGUGUACAUACUGCCACUGCUGAAUUUACUCGGUUAAAUUUUUUUUAUUUUAAGUUUGACCCAUGAAUUAAUUUAAUGUAUGUUUAUGCAAAAGGAAGUCAACAUUAUUUGUCGUCAGCUGCCUCCAUCCUAAAAGGUUAAGAUCUUGCUCUUUACAUACACAGUAUUUCCGUUCAUUUGAAAUGUCCAAAUUAAAUAUUUCUGAGCACCCGAGUGGGCCUUGUUUGUCUGCUCGCUUGUUCUGAACUACCUCUGAGAGACACUUUAGGUGUUUGUGUCAAAUCCAUGAAAAUACAAAGGAAUUAAGUAAAACAAUGUGUAUGUCUGCGUAAAUGCAUGCGUGCAUUCAUGUGUUAUGACACUUGAGUGAUUGCCCUUAAAUUGUUUAAAAAGACUAACAAACAAACAAUAAUGUCGUUUUUUUGUCCAACACUAACAUCAUUUAUUAUAAAGUGCUUGUGCUGUUUUCCAGAAUUGUAUGUAAAUGCUUUUAUUGAAACACAGUAUAUUUGAAACGUAUACAUAGUAUACGCUUAUAUGUAUAUAAGAUCGAUAGCUGUAUUAUGAUGCUUAUGCAAUAAAGCUGACUGUAUUAUUGCUCCAUUA